AUGCCAGCUAGACUCCAGCGCAACGCCACUGAUGAUCAUCGAUGCCCUUCUGUACAGCCUCGCGGUCACUUCAGGCCGCAACUAACGAUAAGAUGGUUAACCGAGCCUAAUUCGAUUGAAUCAAAUUUACGCGCUAACAAUCGAGACCGUCUAUAUGUCCCUCCAGUAGCCUGGACUUUGAGACAUCUGCGGCUCUUAGGUUGCGGGUUCACCCUGCAGACAAGCCAGAGGAAGGAGCGCCCACACUCGCAAGUUGUGUUAUCGGAUUCCCCCGUUCGCCAUCUCCCAAAGCCAAAUAUGCCUUCAGACCUUCGUCGCAGUUUACUUGCAUGCCGACCCUCGAUCGAAAUCGCUGACAGCCACAGCUCUGAAUUUUUGUCUUUUUACUUCCGCCGGCAGUCUGUCGCGAGUAUAUGGACAGAGGGCGUAUUCUCCCGCAAUUCCACCGGCCCAUCCCUCGCCUACGUCACGUUCGAUGGGAUACAGUCCCGUCGGAGCAAGUACGUACACAACUCACCGGGGAAGGGAUUCAACGAGCCCGUGUUUAGGACUUGUGAUAAGAAGCUACGGUCUCUUCAGCCAGCAAAUACCAUCGAAGAUCCAUAUAUUAUGGGAAUCCUAAUCGCACUUGCCCAAGAGCAGUGGCACAGGCAGAGUAAUGAGCAGCACGAGGAAGAAGCUGCCUGGAACACACAAUUUCCACGUCCCCCAGUUGCGGCGCAGACCGAAGACCUCAUGACUGUGGUCAGUGUUUCGGGGUCGUUGUCCUUGCCACUUCUGGAGUGA